UUGAUAUAUCCGUGUAUACAUAAUGGACACAUCUACCAACGUUGCAAAACAGUUUCCAACUAACUCUUUUAUAUUAUCUCUGAGUGCGUAAUUUUAUUUUGUAAACAUUCAAGGCGCUUGCGAAAUACUUGCGCACAAAAAUAAACUGUCGAAUGUCAGCUGCCGAUUGUAAGUUGUUGAAAAAGUUGUUAAGAUUCUUAGGUAUUCGAAAACAAAACAGCACGUGCACCUUAAACGUAAACCGAAAUGCACGCCAAUGGCCAGUCCCCGCAUCUUACUUCUGCGAAGCCCAUACCCAUUCCUGCCGUCGAAAACGAUCAGCAGCAGCUGCCGAAGCUGCGGCUUAACACCAUUAACUCGAUGGACAGAACGGUACCCGCCUCGCCCACUUUGCAGAGUCCGUCUAUGCGACGCAAUGUGAGCGAUGGCAAUCUAGUGGGGCAGGAUGUAAAGGAGGCGCGUGUCCGCGUUAUUUACACUGGCGGCACCAUUGGCAUGAUGCGCAACGAGCGCAACGUUCUCGCCCCUAUAUCCAAUGCGCUGGUGCGCAGCAUACGAAAAUACCCUAACAUCCAUGAUGAGGAAUAUGCGCUGCGUCGGUUUGGCGCCUCUGCUUCAAUGGCGCCACUGGUGCUGCCCUACGUGCAAGGCGAAACGCGACGGGUACUCUACCAGAUCACGGAAUACACGCCCCUUUUGGAUUCAAGCAACAUGACCAUGCAUGACUGGGCCCGCAUCGCAGAGGACAUACAUCAAUCCUAUGAGUUUUUCGAUGGCUUUGUCGUGCUUCAUGGCACCGACACGCUCUCGUACACAGCCUCCGCAUUGUCGUUCAUGCUGGAAAAUCUCGGAAAAACGGUCAUCAUAACCGGCUCCCAAAUACCCAUUUUCGAAACACGAACUGACGGCAAAGACAACUUCACGUCAGCUCUUAUUAUAGCCGGAAACUACGUGAUUCCUGAAGUGUGCGUUUUUUUUGGUAAUAAACUGAUGCGAGGCAAUCGGACAGUUAAGGUCAGUUCGAAUGCGCUAGACGCCUUUGAUUCACCCAAUGUUCCACCACUGGCGCGCAUUGGUAUUAAUGUGAAUGUGGACUAUCGCCUUAUCUUCCGACCAUGCAGUGUGGAACGGUUUAAUGUGCAUUUGGACCUGGACGAAAACGUGGGUUUGCUUAGGAUUUUUCCAAGCAUAUCGCUACCCACGUUCCGCGCAUUUUUGGCUCCGCCAAUUAAAGGUGUUGUGUUACAAUCGUUUGGAUCUGGUAAUGUGCCAUCAAAUCGUCAUGAUCUGAUUGAGGAACUGCGUGCGGCUGCUGCACGUGGGGUGCUUAUUGUCAACUGUACUCAGUGCCCGACCGGGUCCGUUGCCGAAAUCUACGAUACGGGAAAAGUGCUUUUUGAUCUUGGCGUCAUUCCGGGGUAUGACAUGACUCCAGAAUCAGCGCUGUCUAAAUUGGCCUAUGUUAUUGGAAAGCAGGAGUGGACACUGGAUGUCAAAAGACAGAUGCUUCAAACGAAUCUUCGUGGAGAACUAACUACAACGGCAGCGCCAAAAAUGGAGGACUAUGAUCUUGUCGAUGCUGUUGCACGUUCACUCCACCUAAGCUCUCCUCAAGAGCUAGACCAGCUGGGCGCCACACUAUUUCCGGCCAUGAUCAACGCCGCCGUUGUCGACGGUGACAUAAAAAAGAUCAAUAAUUUAAAGACGUAUGGUGCAGAUUUGUCGGGCGUGAACCAUGACAACCGCACGGCGCUCCACUUGGCCUGUCAACUGGGUAACGUUAAGAUUGUGCGUCAAUUGCUGCGCAAUGGUGUCUCAGUACACAUACGCGAUCGCUACGAUCGCACACCACUUCUGGAGGCGAUAUCAAUCGACAAUCAGGAGAUAAUAGAACUUCUGAUCAGUUGUGGUGCCCACUUGACCGGGUCCUCUCGUGCCGUUGGAGAGCAGUUAUGUGCGGCGGCUGCGCGUGGCUCGAUAAAGCGGCUUCAAUCUUAUCAGUGUGCAGGCGCCGAUCUAUCACAACCAGAUCCGUCAGGUCGGACAGCGUUGCACUUGGCAGCUUUGCAUGGGUUUCUGGAGGUGGUGCAGUACUUGCUUCCCUUUAUGGAAAACCCACAAGAAACUGACAUGUUAGGACUUUCUGCUCUGGACUAUGCAAAACGGGGUAAUCAUACGAUCAUUGUGGGCAUGCUUAACACUGAAACAAACACGGAGGUCUGAAAUGAUCCAAUGCCAUGAAAAGUUGAAAUACUACAGAAAGGCGGAGAGGAAGGGCCCAUUAUCAUUUAAACCUAUCAUUUUUGUAUCCUUAGUCUCGAAGAUUUGCUCAACUUAAGCUACAAUUAGCAUAAUCUAUUUUCAAUGGUCUAGUCUGUUUAUUGUAACCAAAGAUAGGUGUGCUAAUACGCUGUUUGAAAUGUAACUUUGUACAAUUGUUUUUAUGUAUGUAUAAUAAACGGGGUUUUUAUUAAUUUACUAAACAUAGAAAUUAGAAAAUUUUGCUUAAGUGAACGAGUAGAACGCUAAAGUGGCGCGAACUCGACUCUUGUAUACAAUGCUCCCUCUCAUACACCAACUUCAGCUAAAAUAAACUUAAUUGAACCCCUUCUGAUAUUAGUUGGUGCACUCAUAAA